AUGCAGAUGAUGCAUCCACAAAUGGGUCUGUACGGCGAGCACCUCAGUCCCGCACCGCAGCAGUUCUCAUAUUUUCCCUACGGAGCCCUGCGCCGACCCGUCCGCCCCCCGACGAGGAUAGUGAACUUGCCCCCGCCUCCACCCCCUUCCGGCCCUCCACAGCCGGCCCUCCCGCUGCCCCCAGUACGGAACCACCACGUGGCCGGAGGACACACGGCCGCUGCGGCGUUCUUCCUCAGGGCUUCUCAGAAGCUGAACAUGUCGAGGAGGAGAAGAGACGAGGAACCGGAUGGAUUCCCGACGGAUUUCAGCCACGCGAUGGCAGAUGCCCCGCCGCUUCCGCCUUCCAUCCUGCGAAACCUCGGGCGGAAGGACACGCCGCUGGGGAAGGUGAGCCUCUUUCCGAUAUGCUCGGGUGUUGGGGACGUAUACGGCCGGUUCGUGCUCUAG